AAUGGAGAUGAGAGACAAUAUAAAACAUCUCUCAUUACUUUUGAUUCUCUUACACUCUCUCCUUCAAUCUAAAAUAUUGUUAAGUUUUAUCAAAACAAAGAUCUUAAAUCAAUCUACUCAGAACUUAAGUAGAUCUAAUAAUCAGCUAAAAUAGUCAAACUAACAAAUUUUGAAAUCACUGUUUCACAAUUCAUGCAAUUUUUUGAAAGAGUAAACAAAUAAGAACCAAAUUAUGAUUAUUAACUGCAUAAUUAAUUACGUGAUUACUUUAUGA